AUUCCACGUGAGAAACCAUCCAAAUUUGCUCCCAUCAAGGCCUGUAAUGACCACCCACCAACCCAUACCCCAACGAAAACACACAAUUCAUAAUUAAUACACAUCAAACAAAUUCUCAACUAUCAUCAUCCCCACCGCUAACUUUGACUUAAUUCUGAAAAGAAGAUGUUAUCAGUGUCCAAGACUGUCCAAGAGAUGUCCAAAGAUGGUGAUGAACCACCCCAGCAUUACAUUGUUAGAGACAACACUCUAUUUGGUCCUAUAGAUACUUCUCCACCUUUGGCUCCAAUUCCUGUCAUUGACAUCAGUCUCUUCUUGACCUCACCAUCUUCACUGCAUUCAUCACUACAAGAAGAAACUGAAUUGGAAAAGCUCAGAUCAGCUCUCAGCUCAUGGGGUUGCUUUCAGGUAAUAGGUCAUGGAAUGUCAAUAGAAUUCCUUAACAAGGUUCGUGGAGUCACAGAAGAGUUCUUCGCGAUGCCAAUGGAAGAAAAGAGAAAGUACAGUAGAGCAGCUGGUGAAAUUGAAGGCUAUGGAAGUGACUCAGUGGUCUCAGAGAACCAAGUUCUUGACUGGAGUGAUCGUCUCUCUCUCAGGAUAUACCCAGAAGAUCAAAGAAAACUCAGGCUCUGGCCUAAACAACCCCAAUCUUUUAGAGAGACAAUAGAUGAAUAUGCAAUGAACAUAAAGUCUAUAAUGGGUAUUAUAUUCAAGGCCAUGGCAAAGUCACUGAAGUUAGAAGAGAAUAGCUUCUCCAAACAAUUUGGAGAAGAAGCAAUUAUGCAAGGAAGGCUUAUCCUCUACCCACCAUGUUCGAAACCAAACCAAGUGUUUGGACUCAAAGCUCAUUCAGAUAGAUCAGGAGUCACUAUUUUACUGCAAGACAAACAAGUAAAAGGCCUUCAAGUUUUCAAAGAUGAUAAGUGGCUCACGGUCCCCAUAAUUCCUCAUGCCCUUUUCCUCAACCUCGGUGAUCAAAUGCAGAUAAUGAGUAAUGGAAUAUUCAAGAGCCCAAUGCAUAGGGUCGUUACAAAUUCUGAAAGGGAGAAGAUAUCUGUUGCUAUUUUUAAUGAGCCAGAGCCAGAGAAAGAGAUCGGACCAGUUGAUGAUUUGGUGGAUGACAAAAGACCAAGAUUGUACAAGAAUGUCAAAAACUAUGCUCGUUUUAACUAUGAAUGUUUUCAAAAAGGGUUGGUAGCACUUGACACGGUGAAAUUUUAAUUUCUUUCAACUUUCAAAUUUGGGUUUUCUUCUUAUAAGGCCCCUGUAUUGUUAAUCUAAUUUACGAAUUAUCAAUACGUUAUUAUUAGUCCAAUUCCAUGAUAUUAGAUGUGCUAUCAGAAGAUAGUUCAUUAAA